CAUAGUUUACUUUUGUCAGUUGUUUGGUUUGGACGUGUGAGGAGAAAAUAUACGCAUGCGUUACGGUUAAAAUAAAAGAAAAAACCAAAUUGAGAAGGUGGUUUUUCUUAAUUGUCAAUGUGUGUAAUUGAAGAAAAAAGCAUAUAUAGUAAAAGAAUAAUUGUGUGAUAUCCAUAUUAUGCUGAUUUAUAAAUAGAAUUUGUUUUUAAGCUGUAUUUCAAAAAUACAUAAUUAAAUAAACAAAUUUUGAAAAUCCAUAAUUGAAAAUUGCUGUAUGUGUAACAAAAAGGAAUUUGUAAAAAAGGAGAGCAAGAUAAAAAAGAGAAACCCACAAACCUGACGAAUUGACCAUAUCUUGAAAGAAGUAGAAGAAAAAAAAGUGGUUUGUAUUGAAGAUUCUUUUACUCCUCUUGUGGUGUCUGUCUUGUUGUUGGUGAAUAAAAGUGUGAGAAUAUUGUUGAAUAAAGAAAAAAAUAUUGAAAAUUAAAGUGAACAUAAAAAAGAAAACUAAAGCUAUGUGGUUGACGACCACUUUAAGGAACGACUUAAAGUCGUUAAAGUGUGUGAAUUGAAAUACAAAUGUACAAAGAAAUACCAGCAAAAGUUUAUGGUAGAGAAAUAAUAAAAAUUUUACAACAAAGGAUUUAAAAAAAUCAUCAUCAUAAUUAAUAGAAAAUAAAUAAACAAAAAAUGUAUUAAAAUUAAAAAUCUAUAAUAAGAAAAAAAUAUUUUUAAAGCAAAAUUUAAAAAAAAUAUUCAAACUAUUUUGAAAAAGUUAACAAAAAAAAAAUAUUAAAUAUAGCCACAUAAGCAAAACGAAAAACAAACAAAAAAAAUCAAAAAUUGUGUAUAUUCCUAAAAGGAAUUGCAAUUGUGUCGGUCGGUCGAUUCUAUUAAAAAUUUUGCCUGCAUUUGGAUUCUUCUUUUCUUCUCUAACCCAAAGCAGCAGCCACAAAACUGGAUUACAACAAUGUGGCUACUGGUUAAAAACCACACCUUUGCCAAGUCGGAUAUAUUUUGGAUAAAAUAUCUAACAUUAUUCCUUUUAAUAUUUUCCAUAUUACAAGGCAUUUCCGCAGCGGGUUCAUCGUGCCUUUCAGUGGGCUGCAAAAAUGGUGGUACAUGUAUAACGAAAUCAAGUGGUGGCUCAUAUUGCAACUGCAGCUCAAAAUUUGUUGGUGACCACUGCGAGUAUCCGAAUCCCUGUCUAACGGGUCCAGGUCGUUGUCAAAAUGGUGGCACUUGCCAGGUCUCUUAUCGCAAUGACCGUUUGGGCAUUUCUUGUAUCUGUCCUAUUGGCUAUACGGAGUCAUUGUGCGAGAUUAAGGUAUCGAAUGCCUGUGAUUCGUCACCCUGUCAUCAUGGUGGCACCUGUAAUCUGAAAUCUUUGGAGGACUACACUUGUGCUUGUGUUAAUGGUUAUACAGGAAAACACUGUGAAACUAAAAACAUUUGCGCUACAUCACCUUGUCGCAAUGGGGGUACCUGUACCUCAGUAUCGGGUGGUACUAGCUACAAAUGUAUAUGCCCCACCGGAUUUAAAGGAAAUACUUGCAUAGACGAUGUUGAAGAAUGUAACAAUAAUCCAUGUAAGCAUGGCGGUACUUGUCUAAAUACUCAUGGAUCCUACCAAUGCAUGUGUCCUGCUGGUUAUACUGGUAAAAAUUGUGAAUCAAAAUAUGUACCAUGUUCACCGUCACCAUGUCAAAAUGGUGGCACAUGUCGAUCAACUGGUUUAACAUAUGAGUGCAAGUGUCCAGAAGGUUAUCAAGGUAAAAAUUGUGAACAAAAUAUUGAUGACUGUCCUGGAAAUUUAUGUCAAAAUGGAGGCACUUGCAUUGAUGGCAUUAACAGCUAUCACUGUGCAUGUCCACCAAAUUAUACUGGCGAGAAUUGCGAAAAAGAUGUUGAUGAAUGUGCCAUAAGGCCUUCAGUAUGUCAAAAUGGUGCUACUUGUACCAAUUCGCAAGGUUCUUACUCUUGUAUCUGUGUCAAUGGUUGGACAGGUCCUGAUUGUAGUGAAAACAUUGAUGAUUGCGUGGCAGCUGCUUGUUUCUAUGGUGCCACCUGUAUAGAUGGCGUGGGAUCAUUCUAUUGCCGUUGCACACCCGGCAAAACAGGUUUACUCUGUCAUUUGGAUGAUGCUUGCACCUCGAAUCCUUGUCAUUCCGAUGCUAUCUGUGAUACAAGUCCCAUAAAUGGUUCGUACACAUGUUCCUGUGCUACCGGUUACAAGGGUGUUGAUUGUUCCGAAGAUAUAGACGAAUGUGAUCAGGGUUCUCCCUGUGAGCAUAAUGGUGUUUGUGUCAACACACCUGGUUCGUUUAGAUGCAACUGUUCGCAGGGUUUUACGGGACCGCGUUGUGAAACAAAUAUCAAUGAAUGUGAAUCACAUCCGUGUCAAAACGAGGGCAGCUGUUUGGAUGAUCCCGGUACCUUCCGUUGUGUCUGCAUGCCCGGCUUUACUGGUACCCAGUGUGAAAUUGAUAUCAAUGAGUGCCAAUCGAAUCCCUGUUUGAAUGGUGGUAUUUGCAACGAUAUGAUUAAUGGUUUUAAAUGUUCGUGUGCUCUGGGUUUUACGGGUUCGCGCUGUCAAAUAAACAUCGAUGACUGUCAGUCUCAGCCGUGCCGCAAUAAUGGCAUCUGUCGUGACUCAAUAGCUGGUUAUACCUGUCAAUGUCCGCCCGGCUAUACUGGUUUAUCGUGUGAGAUUAACAUCAAUGACUGCGAUUCAAAUCCUUGUCAUCGUGGUAAAUGUAUUGAUGGUGACAAUCGUUUCACAUGCGUCUGUGAUCCUGGUUUUACUGGUUAUUUGUGCCAGACUCAAAUAAAUGAAUGCGAGUCCAAUCCCUGUCAAUAUGGCGGCCAUUGUGUCGAUCGUGUGGGUUCGUAUAUGUGUCAUUGCCUUGCCGGAACUUCGGGUAAGGAUUGUGAGAUUAAUGUCAAUGAAUGCCACAGCAAUCCUUGUAAUAAUGGAGCCACUUGCAUUGAUGGCAUCAAUAAAUACACUUGUCAAUGUGUGCCCGGUUUUACGGGCGUCCACUGUGAGAUAAAUAUCAACGAAUGUGCCUCUAAUCCCUGUGCUAACAAUGGUGUUUGCAUGGACUUGGUAAAUGGCUAUAAAUGUGAAUGUCCCAGAGGUUUCUAUGACCCACGUUGCCUUAGUGAUGUGGAUGAAUGUGCUUCGAAUCCUUGUAUAAAUGGUGGUAGAUGUGAAGAUGGCAUCAACGAAUUUAUCUGUCAUUGUCCGCCCGGUUAUGGUGGUAAACGUUGUGAAAAUGAUAUUGACGAAUGUUCUUCAAAUCCCUGUCAACACGGUGGCUUCUGCGUUGAUGAGUUGAAUGCAUUUAAGUGUCAAUGUAUGCCUGGUUACACGGGUUUGAAAUGUGAAACCAAUAUUGAUGAUUGCAUUAACAAUCCUUGUGCUAAUGGCGGUACUUGCAUUGACAAGGUCAAUGGCUACAAAUGCGUGUGCAAAGUUCCAUACACCGGCCAGGAUUGCGAGUCUAAACUGGAUCCUUGUGCCACCAACCGUUGCCGUAACGAUGCCAAAUGUACACCAUCUCCCAACUUUUUGGAUUUUUCCUGCACCUGUAAAUUGGGCUACACCGGUCGCUAUUGUGAUGAAGAUAUCGACGAAUGCAAACUUUCCACGCCCUGUCGCAAUGGUGCUACUUGUCACAAUGUUCCCGGUUCGUAUAGAUGUAUAUGUGCCAAGGGUUAUGAGGGCCACGAUUGUGCCAUAAACACCGAUGACUGCGCCAUGUUCCCCUGUCAGAAUGGCGGCACUUGUUUGGAUGGUAUUGGCGACUACACCUGUUUGUGUGUGGAUGGUUUUGAUGGCAAACACUGUGAAACUGAUAUCAAUGAAUGUCUCAGUAUGCCUUGCCAAAAUGGUGCCACCUGCAGGCAGUACGUUAACUCGUACACUUGCACUUGUCCCUUGGGUUUUUCCGGCAUCAAUUGUCAGACCAAUGAUGAGGACUGUACGGAAAGUUCUUGCAUGAAUGGCGGUACUUGUAUUGAUGGCAUCAACAGCUAUAACUGUUCCUGCUUGCCAGGUUAUACCGGCUCGAAUUGUCAGUACAAGAUUAACAAAUGUGAUUCGCAGCCCUGUCAAAAUGGAGCCACUUGUCAUGAGAAUGCAGAUGAAUAUACUUGCCAUUGCUCGUAUGGUUAUACUGGCAAACAAUGUACCGAUUAUGUUGACUGGUGCACCAAGUCGCCAUGUGAGAAUGCUGCCACCUGUACUCAAGUAAAAAAUCAAUUUAGCUGUCGUUGUGCCCCUGGUUGGACUGGAAAACUGUGUGAUGUUGAAAUGGUGUCAUGUAGUGACGCGGCUAUACGCAAGGGUGUCUCUUUGGAACAGCUGUGCAACAAUGGUACUUGUAAGGAACAUGGCAACAUCCAUAGAUGUUAUUGUAAACAGGGAUAUACGGGCAGUUACUGUCAACAAGAAAUAAAUGAAUGUGAAUCUCAACCUUGUCUUAAUGGUGGUACUUGUCGUGACUUGAUCGGUUCAUAUGCCUGUGUGUGUCGCAAAGGUUUCCAGGGACAAAAUUGCGAAUUGAAUAUUGAUGAUUGUUCACCUAAUCCUUGUCAAAAUGGUGGUACUUGCCAUGAUUUGGUCAAUACCUUUAGCUGUUCAUGUCCACCUGGUACAGCUGGUUUGAUUUGUGAAGUGAAUGAAAACGACUGUAAGCGAGGUUCUUGCCACAAUAAUGGUACGUGCAUAGAUCGUGUAGGUGGUUUUGAAUGUGCUUGUCCCCCCGGAUUUGUGGGCUCCCGUUGUGAGGGCGACAUCAAUGAAUGUCUUUCGAAUCCCUGUUCGAAUGCUGGCACCUUGGAUUGUGUCCAAUUGGUAAACAACUAUCACUGCAAUUGUAAGCCUGGGUAUAUGGGACGGCACUGUGAAAAUAAGGUGGAUUUCUGUGCCAAUUCACCCUGUCAAAAUGGUGGUAUUUGUUCGCCCAAGCAGGGAGGUCAUCACUGUCUCUGCACCGAAGGAUUUUAUGGUAAAAAUUGUGAAUUUUCCGGACAUGACUGCGACUCUAAUCCUUGCCAAGCUGGUUCCUGUAUAAUUGAUGAUGGCGGUGGCUAUCGAUGUGAAUGUCCUCGAGGUACUGAAGGUCGCCACUGCGAGCGAGAUACUAUGGAUGAAUGUACACCAAAUCCAUGUCUACAGGGAGCUGCUUGUGACAACCUGCUCGGAGAUUUUGUAUGUCUGUGUCCGCGCAAAUGGUCGGGUAAACGUUGCGAAAGUUAUGAUCCCAAUUACCCCGGCUGGGAAAACGAUCCAUCGAGAGGUGCCUCAGAAAAAUAUGCCAAGGAUUUGAAAUAUCAACGUGCUAUGUGUGUUAAGAGAGGUUGUGAACAAAAGAAGGGUAAUCAUGUGUGUGAUCCUGAAUGCAAUACAUAUGCCUGCAACUUUGAUGGCAACGAUUGUUCGCUGGGCAUUAACCCUUGGGUCAAUUGUACAGCUCCUAUACAAUGUUGGAGGGUCUUUAUGGAUGGCAAAUGUAAUGAGGAUUGCAACAAUGCCGCCUGUCUGUUUGAUGGUCGUGACUGCGAGAAGAAACUGCAACCAUGUAAUCCUGUUUAUGAUGCCUACUGCCAAAAGCACUACGCCAAUGGUUUCUGUGAUUAUGGCUGCAACAAUGCCGAGUGUAACUGGGAUGGUUUAGAUUGUGAAAAUGCUGCCGAAGCCCCCAAUCUCGCAGAUGGUGCCAUCUCGGUCAUAGUGCUAAUGGAUGUGAAGCAAUUCCGCGAGCAACAAGUGGUGUUCCUAAGAGAAAUGGGUCAUCAUUUGAGGACAACGGUGCGCAUUAAAAAGGAUUCCAUGGGCAAUGAUAUGAUUUUCUCCUGGAAGGGUACACAACCUAUUAAUGAUAUACAAAACACCGAAUUUGGUCGUAAAAACAAGAUUCUGUUCUCCGAACGCUUAGGCCAGACGGGAAUACAAGUGUAUUUGGAGAUUGAUAAUCGCAAAUGUACCGAAUGUUUCUAUAGUGCUUCAGAGGCGGCUGAGUUUUUGGCAGCAACUGCUUCUAAGUAUACUCUAUCGGCAAAGUUUCCCAUCUACAGUGUUAGGGGUGUAACAAAUCCCGGAGAGGAUGUUAUGGACUCGCCCACAAAUGUGAAAUAUGUUACAUUGGGUAUUAUAUUGGUGGUCUUGGCCUUUGCCUUGUUUGGUGUAUUGGUGACAACACAACGAAAGCGCGCUGCUGGUAUUACUUGGUUCCCCGAGGGAUUCCGCACACCCACCAUCAAUCCUCAACGCAGACGUCGUGAUCCCACGGGUCAAGAAAUGAGAAACCUUAAUAAGAACCCCUCAAUGGCGUGCAUGAGCAACGACGUUAAUAUGAAUUCCGGACAUAUGGGUCAUGCGCCUCAAUGGUCGGACGAUGAGUCGGAUAUGCCACAGCCUAAACGUUUACGUAACGAUCAUGGUGGCUAUGCCAGCGAUCAUACCAUGGUUACUGAUUACGAAGAAGCUGAUAAUCGCGUUUGGUCUCAGGCCCAUUUGGAUGUAGCCGAUGUUAGAUCCUCCAUAAUGACUCCGCCUGCUCAUCAAGAUGGCAAACAUGAAGUCGAUGUUAGAGGGCCUUGCGGUAUGACUCCUCUAAUGGUAGCUGCUGUUCGUGGUGGAGGUAUUGACAAUGGUGAAGAUAUUGAACAGUCGGAAGAUGCUACAGCUCAGGUGAUUUCUGAUCUGCUGGCUCAGGGAGCCGAACUCAAUGCUACAAUGGAUAAAACUGGUGAAACCUCAUUGCACUUGGCUGCCCGCUAUGCCAGAGCUGAUGCCGCCAAACGUUUACUGGAUGCUGGAGCUGAUGCCAACUGUCAAGAUAAUACGGGACGUACUCCUCUGCAUGCAGCCGUAGCUGCCGAUGCCAUGGGUGUGUUCCAAAUUCUUUUGCGUAACAGAGCCACCAACUUAAAUGCACGUAUGCAUGACGGAACUACUCCCCUGAUUUUGGCUGCCAGAUUAGCCAUAGAAGGUAUGGUAGAAGAUUUGAUUACAGCUGAUGCCGACAUAAAUGCUGCUGAUAAUUCUGGCAAAACGGCUCUUCACUGGGCUGCAGCUGUCAACAACACCGAGGCUGUUAACAUUUUACUCAUGCACCAUGCUAACCGAGAUGCUCAAGAUGAUAAAGACGAAACGCCCCUUUUCCUGGCAGCUCGCGAAGGUUCGUACGAAGCCUGCAAGGCCUUGUUGGACAACUUUGCUAAUCGCGAAAUUACCGAUCACAUGGAUCGUUUGCCACGAGAUGUGGCCUCCGAACGCCUACAUCACGAUAUUGUGCGCCUGCUGGAUGAACAUGUACCACGAUCACCUCAGAUGAUUGCCAUUGCACCACAAACGAUGAUUGCCUCACCACCACCUGGAAGUCAGCCGCAAAUGAUAACACAGCCAACAGUAAUAACGGCCGGCAAGCAACCGUCUAAAGCGGCCCAAGCUAAGGCGGCGAAGAAAGCAAAACUCUUGGAGGGAAGUCCUGAUGGUCUGCUCGAUAAUGGUGGCAGUUUGAGACGUAAGCCGAGUUCAAAAAAGGGUUUAGGUCAGGCUUCAAAAAAGGGAAACAGCAACAACAACACCAACAACCUUACGGCAUCUCAGCUGCUGAAUGGCUUGGCUGGUGGCCAGACGGUGCAAAAUCCCGGCUCGGUGGAGAAUCAGCAACAGCAAUUGCUGGAUGCAGCACUCAGUUCAGUGGACUCGCCGCCACCAACAGCCCUAACAAGUCAACCGAGUCCCUACGAUACAACGUCAAUGUACUCGAACGCCAUGACCGGCGGCGGUCAGGGAACCAAUCAUCACAACGAUCUGCUGGGGAACAACAACGUAAAGCACCCGCCGAGCUAUGAGGAUUGUGUUAAGAACGCACAGUCCAUGCAAUCUUUGGUGCCGCAACAAAGCCACGACAUGAUCAAAAUGGAAAAUUAUGGUUAUUCCAUGGGUUCGCCCUUUCAUCAGGAACUGAUGAAUGGUAAUCAAAAUGGCAACAAUGGUUUAAACGGCAACAACAUGAUGGGUGGCCAUGAGCAAGGUCUCAGUCCCCCCUAUUCCAAUCAAUCGCCACCACAUUCCGUACAAUCGAACAUGGCAUUAUCACCUCAUGCUUAUUUGGGUUCUCCCUCUCCUGCCAAGUCACGACCCAGUUUGCCAACAUCACCCACACAUAUGCAGGCCUUAAGACAUGCCACGCAUCAAAAGCAAUUCUGUGGCAGUAAUUUGAAUACAUUGUUGGGUGGAAGCAGUGCUUCAGCGUUACAAUCACAAAAUUCACCCAACAGCAUGAAUUUCCAAACUCCCAGCAGUCAGAAUUCACCAGUUAGUUUGGGCAUCAUUUCGCCCACUGGUAGUGAUAUGGGCAUUAUGAUGGCCGCCAAUCAACAACAACAGCAACAGUUGCAACAACAGCAGCAGCAGCAACAAAACAAGAAUAGUGCAAUAAUGCAAUCAAUGCAGCAACAACAACAGCAAAUGGCUGGUAACAAUGGAGGUCCUGGAAUGGAAUUCAGUUCAGCAGGCUUGGACUUGAAUAGUUUUUGUGGAUCACCGGACUCAUUUCACUCGGGUCAAAUGAAUCCACCAUCCAUACAAAGUUCAAUGUCAGCCUCCUCGCCUUCGACUGCCAACAUGUUAUCACCAUCAUCACAACACAAUCAGGCCUUCUAUCAGUACCUGACACCACCCAGCCAACAUUCGGGCAGCCACACACCACAACACAUGGUCCAAACGUUGGACAGUUAUCCCACACCAUCACCCGAAUCUCCCGGCCACUGGUCGAGUUCAUCGCCACGCUCCGAUUGGUCAGAGGGUGUUCAAUCGCCGGCUGCCAACAAUCUCUACAUUUCAGGUGGCCAUCAGGCCAACAAGGGUUCUGAGGCGAUAUACAUUUGACAAUGAAAGUAAAAAGGGAGUCAAUAUAAAAGCUCUCUGUAGAUAAGAGAAUUGUGCAUCAUGUUUUAUUGAUGCAUUAAAUGCUAAAUGCAAAGAGACUUAUAUAAAUAUAUUUUUAGGUGAAUAUUUAACGAAACAAAACAAAUAAAACGAAAUUUAAACUGUGCUUAGUUUGUAAGUUAAAAGAACACUUGAGUCUGUUUUAAAAACAGAAUCAGGGGCUGCUAAGUUAAAAAAAAGCCAUAUUUUUAAGCUUAACACACAUACACACGAUACGAUCAAACAGAUAAAGGAUGGCAGUAAGAAAGAAGUAACAUAUUAAAAACGAUUUGUAUAAAAGAAUCAAACAAAAAAUCAGCUUAAAGAAAUGAAACUCAUUUUGAGAAUCUCCACCCAAACCAGAUAAUUUCAUAUAAAAAAAUCUCUUAAUUAAAAAAUUCUAUUUAAUUUAAAUAGUAGAUUUAUAGUAUUUAAUGUAUUUCAAAAUGUAUAAACACAGCAAAUGAUCACAACAGAAAUUUCCUUGAAAUUUCCUUAAUUUAUGGGUAUUUUUUGGAAUCUCUUUUAUUUCCCCAUAAGUGAAUAAUACCGUUAUUCAGAUACGUUUAUUUAGGUUAUCAAAGCGAUCUCUAGUAAUUUUGGUCUAACAUUCUGUUGGUUUUUUGUAGUUUU